UCUCCGUGUGGUAUAAAUCCAACCCGAUUGAAAAUCCAAACCCAGAAAUAUCAUUUUUUUCUUGUUUCUCUCUCCUCCGGACUUCUCUCUCUCUCUCUCUCUCUAACAUUUCACAGAUUCAGAUCUGAUCUGAUCGCCGAGAGAAACAACACCUGAAGAAUUAUCAUAAUAAUAAUAAUGGCGGGUGUAUCACCUCUUGCCAAAUACAAACUUGUCUUUUUGGGCGAUCAAUCCGUCGGCAAAACCAGCAUCAUUACCCGAUUCAUGUACGACAAAUUCGAUACCACCUAUCAGGCUACCAUUGGUAUAGAUUUCUUGUCAAAGACUAUGUACCUUGAAGAUAGAACAGUUCGGUUACAGCUUUGGGAUACUGCUGGGCAGGAAAGAUUUAGGAGUCUCAUUCCAAGCUACAUAAGAGAUUCAUCAGUCGCGGUCAUUGUGUAUGAUGUUGCUAAUCGACAGUCAUUCUUGAACACUGCAAAAUGGAUAGAAGAAGUGCGUACAGAGCGAGGCACUGAUGUCAUUAUAGUCCUUGUUGGAAACAAAACCGAUCUUGUUGACAAAAGGCAAGUUUCAAUUGAAGAAGGAGAUGGCAAAGCUCGUGAAUUCGGCGUCAUGUUUAUAGAAACCAGUGCAAAGGCUGGAUUCAAUAUCAAGCCUUUAUUCCGAAAGAUUGCUGCUGCAUUACCGGGGAUGGAGACUAUUUCUUCCACAAAACAAGAAGACAUGGUUGAUGUGAACUUGAAAUCUUCAGGAAACGCUUCGCAGUCAGAGCAGCAAGGUGGAGGGUGCGCGUGCUAGAGAUGCUUUAUAGAUUGUAAUGUUGAUAAUUUUGAUAUGUAAGUUACAUGAUCAAAGUAUGCAUCUUUAGAAUACCUUUUUGAGCUUUGACAAACCAAAGAUUUGUGUUACUUCCUUUUAUCUGUCGGCUUUAGUUAUGUUACUUGGAGCACAAGGUAAUAAAUGUUUCCUUGGGUCUUAAUGCCA